AUGGGGAAAGAAGAGUGCAAAACAAUGCUGGACGCUUUGAACAAAGUGACGGCCUGCUACAGGCAUCUGGUCAUCGCCCUGGGGAGCACCUCGGACUCGCAGAACCUGCGAGAGGAGCUGAAGAGGACCCGCAAAAAGGCUCAGGAGCUGGCCGUGGCCAACAGGACUAAACUGACCUCUCUGCUCAAAGACAAGAGCAUCAGCAAAGAGGACCGCGCCGAGUACGAGCGCCUAUGGGUGCUCUUCUCGAGCAGUAUGGAGCUCCUGGAGGUGGACAUGAAAAGGUCCCUGGAGAUAGGGGAGGACUUCCCCCUCAAGGUGCCGACGAGACACCUCAUCCAGACGGGGAUGACCGGCAGCACCACCAGCGUGGCGGCGCGGGCGAUGAGCGUGCAGAACAUGAAGUACGAGGCGGACAGCAACAUCGACACGGCCGACCUCAGGGACCUGCAGUCCGAGAUCACCCAGGUGAGCCAGAUGAUGGAGGAAAUGGAGAUGAAGGUGCAGGUGGCGCCGUGGGCCGUCGAGGCGAAGCAGGAGGCAGGCGCGGAGCUCAAGUCCAACAUGAGUGUAGGGAAUUCCUCCGUGGGUGUCAUCUCCAUCUGCGAAGAGGAGCCCAAAGAAGAGGACGGUGGAGGCAACAGGGAUGCUGGUUUUGCAUCGAUCUGCGCUGUGGUUGUGUUCUUUAUCAUCAUUACUGUCGCUUUGGUUCUAGGAUACUUGGUCAUCAAUAUGUCCUGA